AUGGUUUACAAGCAAAAUGGACACGUACCAUUCAAAGCAUCAGAAUGUGCUGCUGAAAGUCAUGGGUUCGCAGCUGUCUGGGGUGGACAUCAACUGUGCAGUCGGACCCAUAACUGGGUGUCAAAACAGGAGCUCCCUCAAUCAUUGACUGGUCGCCAUGCCAAGGUGUACUCAUUGCUUGAUGAUUCAGUAGGAGCUGCAGAGCUUCGCACAUAUGUUCAUUUGAACAAGUGGGCAGUCAAUCCUGAAAAGCUGGCAGAAUUUUCAAAGAACAAAUUGGUGCCCUUGGAAGCAGAAAGAUAUCUUCAUGUCAUUGUCAAUGAUGAGAUGCCUCGUGGAUUGAAGCAGUACAUGGAGCUGGAGUUUGUUUUCUCGAAUUCACCUCAAAGUCGGACGUGGAAUUUCACUCAUCACUUGGGACACCUGGUGGAUGCAGGUAAAUUGAUGGAGUAUGGAAAGAAUCACAAGGGUUAUUGGAAUGGUGAGAUGUUCAUUAAACAGCUCAAUGAAAAAAUUAUUCCAACAUUUGAGAAUAUUCACAGACCAGGAUAUCAAGCAUUAUUCCUGAUUGAUGACUCACAGGGGCACUCUGCAUAUGCUGAAGAUGCAUUGCUCAUUUCUCGCAUGAACAUCAAUCUAGCAGGAAAGCAGGCUCACAUGCGAAAUGGAUAG